AUGGCUAUUCUAUCUCUUCUGCUCUCGCCAUGGGUUAUGGCUGUGGCCAUCACCGUAUGCUCAAGUCCCGGGUCCUUUUUUGCCAAAUUCAGCAACAUAUGGGUCGGUCUAAGUGCCAAACAUGGCCAAAAAUAUGCAGCAGUCGACGCGGCGCAUCGAAAACACGGCAAAGUCGUCCGUAUUGGUUUCAACCAUGUGUCCAUCGCCGACGAACGGGCAUUGAAUAUUGUUUAUGGACACGGAAAUGGGUUCCUCAAGGAUCAUUAUUACGAAGCAUUUGUGGCGCGAACCCCGGGCAUGUUCAAUGUGCGCAACCGAGCCGAACAUACACGCAAGCGGAAGAUUAUAUCUCACGCCUUCUCCCCGAGAUCAGUUGCUGCGUUUGAGCCGUUGAUGGCGGAGAACCUACAGCGAUGGACAAGCCAGCUGGACCGGAUUGCGGCUUCCCGGCCACAACAAAAUGAGAAGAGUUUUGCUCGAUACAACGCAAUGCCCUGGUUUAGCUACCUUGCUUUUGACAUAAUAGGAGAUCUGGCAUUUGGUUCGCCAUUCGGGAUGGUAAACAAGGGAAAAGACGAGACUGAGACGCAGCUCGUGACUGGAGGACCUAUUUCAUAUACACCGGCAGUCGAUGUGUUGAACAGACGAGGCGAGGUCUCUUCGACAUUGGGUCUUCUUCCAGCACUACGUCCAUGGGCUCGGUACCUUCCCGAUCCAUUUUUCACCAAGGGAGUAGCGGCCGUGGAAAAUUUGACAGGUAUUGCUGUCGCCGCUGUGUCCUCACGCCUGGAUGCCGCAGAGAAGGGAAUGGAAGACUCGCGCAAUGAUAUCCUUUCGCGCUUGCUACAAGCAAAGGAUGCCAAUGGAAGGCCGAUGGAGCGAGAUGAGCUCAUAGCAGAGGCUCUAACGCAGCUUAUCGCUGGCUCUGACACAAUAUCCAACACUGCCUGUGGGAUCUUUUACUGGAUCCUGCAUGGAGAACGCAGUGCGCCGGGCACAAUAGUUCCUCGACUGCAAGAGGAGCUAGACCAGGCAAUUGAGCCCGAAGCAAAAAUCGCAUCUUAUUCUCAAGUCAAAGAUCUCCCAUUCCUGCGAAGAUGCAUUGAUGAGGCGAUGAGACUUCAUUCUACAUCGGCAAUUGGUCUGCCACGUUUGGUGGCAGAUCAUAGCCCAGGUGUCGAUUUUGACGGCUUCCACUUCCCUCCUGGAACAGUACUUUCAGUGCCUUCUUACACUAUCCAUCAUAUGAGGGAUAUUUGGGGAGACGACGUGGAAGAGUUCAAACCUGACCGCUGGUUGAAUCUGACUGCUCGACAGAAGACCGCUUUUAAUCCAUUUUCAUAUGGCCCCCGGGCAUGUGUCGGACAGAAUGUCGCCAUCAUGGAGCUGCAACUGAUUAUUGGAACAUUAUUCCAUAGGUAUGAGUUUGCCUUGUAUCAGCCAAUCCUGGAAUCGCACGAAGGAUUUUCGAAAAAGCCCAAGGAGUGCCAUGCUGGUCUCAGAUUGAGAGAGUGCAGUUAA